UGUACGUGCUACAAGUGCGCACUUGCUCUUGUUGUGAGGUGUAACCGAGUGUCUGUCUCUCUGGUGGUGUGUCCAGCGGAGAAGGGAUAUCUGGUGAAGUGCAGAGAGGAGUGGGCGCGCUCUCAGGACCCAGAGGCGGCCCUCAAGAGACUGCCGGUCAAACGCUGCGUGGAGGGCCAGUUACUGCGAGGCCUUGCCAAGUACGGCAAAAACAACAUCAUCACAGCGUUCGGACUGAUCCCUCGUAACAACAGGCUGAUGUACAUCCACAGCUAUCAAAGCUACGUAUGGAACUGUAUGGUCAGCAAACGCAUGGAAGCCUUUGGGCUCAGAGCUGUGGAGGGAGAUCUGGUUCUCAGAGGAGGCUAUGCUCAUGUUCUGUCCGCUGAAGAGGCAGAAAAACACUCAGUUCAUGACGUGGUGAUGCCGCUGCCAGGGUUCGAUGUCAUUUAUCCCACUCACAGUGUGGGUGGAGGCUACAGAGACAUGCUGAGCGCUGAUGACCUGGACAUCGAUAGCAUGAGGCAUAAAGUUCGGGAUUACUCUCUGGCCGGCGCAUACAGGAGGAUCCUCAUUCGCCCCAGAGACGUCAGCUGGGAACUGAUCCAGUACGAUGAUCCACGAGUGCCUCUCGUUCACACAGAUGUGGAGAAAUUAGAAAACGCUCCAGCUCCGGUUUACCUCAAAGAAGGGAAGUAUCGGGCCCUGAAAAUGGAGUUUUCUCUGCCAUCCUCCACGUACGCCACGAUGGCCGUCAGAGAAGUGCUGAAGAUGGACACCAGCAUCAAGAAUCAGACUCAGCUCAACACCAGCUGGCUGAACUGACCGUCACAAACAUGCUCUGGAUUUUCUGACAGCUUUAUUCUGCUCACAUUUUUUCAGUGAUAAAGACUUGACUUUCUCAUGUUUGUCAUUUGGACACCGUGAAGAAGCCACAGCACCGUUUUCAGUUUUAGUUGUAGAAUUUGUUUUUUAGUGAGGGUGUUUUAAUGCUCCGACAGUAUAAAGACAGUUCUUACACAUAUUUCCAGAACUUUAGCAUAAACAAAGAUUUAGCAGUAAAAGAACAUGUACCGGUUCUUGUAAGAUUCAUUUUGCUAUUUGAUGAUGAUUAUUAUUGUAAAUUGUUUGAUUCCUGCUGAAUAUUCAGUUUGUCAGUGUAAAUAUUUUAAUCUGAAUAAAUGAAUCUGACUGAU